CGCCAAUAUCUUCCAGAGACUUCAAAGAUGGCCGACACUGAAAAGGCUGAGGAAGUCCCAACGGAAAAUAUGCGUAAAAAGUCGGAAAGCGAAGUGAAACCGUCGAAGGAAAACGACGAGGACAGCGAGAGCGUCGAGGAGCAACCGCUGGACAUCGGCGAACACUAUUUGGUGCGACGUAGCGACGAUUCUUGGCAUCCGGCCGAGAUAAUUCAGUCGAGAUACAACGACGCGGAGCGGCAGUAUGAGUAUUACGUGCAUUACGAGGGGUACAACCGGCGUUUGGAUGAAUGGGUUCCCAGGGGUAAAAUCAUGUCUUCGAGGUUUAAUAUGACCGAAAGCGGGCAGAAAGUGCCGGGGGAUUUGAAAGUUUGGAAGGACAGACCCGUGGUUAACGAUUUGUUGGCUGACAGUUCUGAUCGUAAGAUCACCCGAAACCAAAAAAGAAGGCACGAUGAAAUCAACCACGUACAAAAAACGUAUGCGGAAAUGGACCCGACUACGGCAGCUUUAGAAAAAGAACACGAGCAAAUAACCAAAGUUAAAUAUAUUGAUAAAAUACAAAUAGGACGUUUUGAAAUUGAUACCUGGUACUUUAGUCCAUAUCCUGAAGAGUAUGGAAGGCAGAGUAAAUUGUGGAUUUGUGAAUAUUGUUUGAAAUACAUGAAACUUGAGAAAAGUUAUCGAUAUCAUAUGAGUGAGUGUACAUGGAGGCAACCAGUUGGUAAAGAAAUUUACAGAAAAGGGACAUUAUCUGUGUAUGAAGUUGACGGAAAAGAUCACAAGGUUUAUUGCCAGAAUCUCUGUUUAUUGGCAAAACUAUUUUUGGACCACAAAACAUUGUAUUUUGAUGUGGAACCAUUCUUAUUUUACAUUUUAUGUGAAGUUGAUAAACAAGGAGCGCAUAUCGUGGGAUAUUUUUCCAAAGAAAAAGAAUCUCCCGAUGGUAACAACGUGGCUUGCAUUCUAACCUUACCCCCGUAUCAACGGCAAGGCUACGGAAAACUCCUGAUAGCCUUCAGCUACGAGUUAUCGAGAAUGGAGGGUACGGUUGGCAGCCCUGAGCAGCCCCUCAGCGAUUUGGGGAAGCUCAGUUACCGAAGUUACUGGAGCUGGGUUCUUUUGGAAAUCCUGCGGGACUUUAGAGGGACCUUGUCGAUAAAGGAUUUGAGCCAAAUGACCAGUAUUACUCAGACAGACAUAAUUUCCACGUUGCAAAGCAUGAAUAUGGUAAAAUACUGGAAAGGUCAGCACGUUAUUUGCGUUACCCCAAAGUUGGUCGAAGAGCAUAUCAAAUCUAACCAGUACAAAAGGCCUAGGUUGUGUGUCGAUAGUGGGGCUCUCAGGUGGUCGCCAAGAAGGCACACCAUUAAUAAAAUAGGAAAAAAAAACAUGAAUACGUUUUUAAUAUUAGUUACUUUGCUAAUAUUACAAGGGUGUUAUGCUCCCCCUGUAUCGCAAAAUAAAGAAAAUAAUGAAAACAAAGAAUCGCAAGAGACAAACCUUGAAGACUACAUGGAGUAUCACCGAUACCUAAAGGAAGUCGUGAACGCUUUGGAGUCAGAUCCCGACUUCAGAAAAAAACUGGAAAAAGCCGAAGAAAGCGACAUUAAGUCCGGCAAAAUAGCUGAAGAACUCGAAUUUGUGUCCCAUCACGUAAGAACAAAGUUGGACGAAAUUAAGAGGUUAGAACUCGAACGACUCAAAGACCUCGUAGAACAGAAACGUAAGUUAUUGGAUACGAAUGCAGUUGAUGUGGAAGAUCCCAUGCAUCAUCACAUUGAUCAUUCUAAUCCUCAUACUUUCGAAAUCGAGGAUCUAAAGAAGCUGAUUCACAAAACCACUGCUGAUUUGGCUGAGGCCGACAAAUUGCGCAGGAAUGAGUUCAAGGAGUAUGAGUUGCAAAAGGAGUUUGAAAAACAGGAUAAGUUGAACCAUACCAAUGGGGAAGAGAGGGAGAAGUUGGAGAAGGAAUUUAAGGAAAAAGAGGAAAAACACAAGACGCACAAAAAGCUGCACGAGCCGGGGCACAAGGCCCAGCUGGAGGAGGUGUGGGAGGAGCAGGACCAGAUGCAGCAGGAUUUCGAUCCGAAAACCUUCUUCAACCUGCACGACCUCGACGGCAACGGUCUCUGGGACCAGGAAGAAGUGAAGGCCCUGUUCAUCAAGGAGUUGCAAAAAAUGUACGAGGAGGGCGCUCCGGAGGACGACAUGCGCGAAAAGGCCGAGGAGAUGGAGAGGAUGAGGGAGUCGGUUUUCAGGGAGAUCGACAGGAACAAGGACAGGUUCAUCGAUUUCGACGAAUUUUUGGCGCAAACCAAGACCCAAGACUUCCAGCAAGACCACGGCUGGCAAGGUUUGGACGAGCAACGGCCCUACACCGACGAAGAGCUGCAAGAAUACAUUAGGCAACACCAAAUGCAACAGCAAGGUUAUCCUCCGCACGGUUAUCCGCCGCAGGGUUACCAACCGAACCCCAACUUCCAACAGGGGUAUCUGGGUCCACCUCCUCAAGGUUACCCGCAGCAGGCGUACCACCCCAACGCGAUUCCCCAAGGUCAGUUCCAUCCCGGACAGAUGCCGCCCAAUAUGCCGCCCCCGCAAGCCCUACCGCCAAAUCAUCCUAAUGCUGGAUAUCAACAAAAACCUCCACAACAAUAUCAACAGCAGCAACAACAGUUUCAACAACCACCUCACCCACAACAACAAUAUCAACCUCCACCGCCCCAACAAUUUCAACAACAGCAACAACCUCCCCAACAACAACAAAAUCAACCUCCACCGCCCCAACAAUAUCAACAGCAACCUCCACAGCAACAACAACCUCCCCAACAACAACAACAAAAUCAACCUCCACCACCCCAACAAUAUCAACAGCAACCUCCACAACAACAACAACAACAACAAGGGAAUAACCCACAACCUGCCCAAAAUCAACAAGGAAACAAUCAACAACAGCAACAACAAGGGCAAGCGCAGAACCAACAACAACAUCCCGCACAAGCGCAACAACAACCUGCGCAAGUGAAUCAACAACAACAAAAUAACAUUCCAAAUGCAGUGCCACCGCAUGUUAAUAACGUGUAACGUAUUAAUUUGUUGGCAUUUUAUUUUGCAUUUACUUUUAUAACACAGGGAAAUUUGUUGACAACUCUUUAUAUUAUAUUUCAUGGCGAGUUUUUGUUCAAAUUUUUAUGUUAUAAUACAUUGUUUUAAUAUAUUCCUGAGGCUGUUGCUACACUUGUAAUUUUUUAAAUAAUAAAAAAAAUAGAACCUGAG